CCGAGCCGGGUCUGCGCGCUCCCCGCCGCGCUCUGGGCGGCCCGACCGAGCUGCCGGACCCCGCGCCCCGCGCGCCCCGCGCCGCCGGCUUUUGUCUCCGCCUCCUCCUCGGCCUCCGCCGCCUCCGGACCGCGAGGCGCGCGCGGGGACCUUGGCUCUGCCCUUCGCGGGCCCGGGCUGCGCGGGGCCCGGCCGGGAUCCGAGAGACGCGCCGGCCCGGCCAUGGAGCUCCGGGCCCGAUGCUGGUGGCUGCUGUGGGCGGCCGCCGCGCUCGCCGCCUGCGCCCGCGGGGACCCGGCCAGCAAGAGCCGCAGCUGCGGCGAAGUCCGCCAGGUCUACGGGGCCAAGGGCUUCAGCCUGAGCGACGUGCCCCAGGCGGAGAUCUCGGGUGAGCACCUGCGGAUCUGCCCCCAGGGCUACACCUGCUGCACCAGCGAGAUGGAAGAGAACUUGGCCAACCGCAGCCGCUCGGAGCUGGAGGCCGCACUGCGCGACAGCAGCCUCGCGCUGCAGGCCAUGCUCGCCGCCCAGCUACGCAGCUUUGACGACCACUUUCAGCAGCUGCUGAACAGCUCAGAGCACACGCUGCAGGCCGCCUUCCCUGGCGCCUUUGGAGAGCUGUACACACAGAACGCCGCAGCCUUCCGGGACCUGUACGCCGAGCUGCGCCUCUACCACCGUGGCGCCGGCCUGCACCUGGAGGACACGCUGGCCGAGUUCUGGGCCCGCCUGCUCGAGCGCCUCUUCAAGCAGCUGCACCCACAGUUGCUGCUGCCCGACGACUACCUGGACUGCCUGGGCAAGCAGGCCGAGGCGCUGCGGCCCUUCGGGGAAGCGCCGCGGGAGCUGCGGCUGCGGGCGGCCCGCGCCUUCGUGGCGGCGCGCACCUUUGUGCAGGGCCUGGGCGUGGCCGGCGAGGUGGUCCGGAAGGUGGCCCAGGUGCCCCUGGGCCCUGAGUGCUCACGGGCCGUCAUGAAGCUGGUCUACUGCGCUCACUGCCUGGGGGUCCCCGGCGCCCGGCCCUGCCCUGACUACUGCCGAAACGUGCUCAAGGGCUGCCUCGCCAACCAGGCCGACCUGGACGCUGAGUGGAGAAACCUACUGGACUCCAUGGUGAUCAUCACCGACAAAUUCUGGGGCCCAUCCGGUGCCGAGAGCGUCAUCGGCAGCGUGCACAUGUGGCUGGCAGAGGCCAUCAACACCCUCCAGGACAACAAGGACACACUCACAGCCAAGGUCAUCCAGGGCUGCGGAAACCCCAAAGUCAAUCCCCAGGGCCCUGGGCCCGAGGAGAAACGGCGCCGGGGCAAGCUGACACUGCAGGAGAAGCCAUCCACGGGUGCGCUGGAGAAGCUGGUCUCUGAGGCCAAGACCCAGCUCCGUGAUGUCCAGGAUUUCUGGAUCAGCCUCCCUGGAACACUGUGCAGUGAGAAGAUGGCCAUGAGCCCCGCCAGCGACGACCGCUGCUGGAAUGGGAUGGCCAAGGGCCGGUACCUCCCCGAGGUGAUGGGUGACGGGCUGGCCAACCAGAUCAACAACCCCGAGGUGGAGGUGGACAUCACCAAGCCCGACAUGACCAUCCGGCAGCAGAUCAUGCAGCUCAAGAUCAUGACCAACCGGCUGCGCGGUGCCUAUAACGGCAACGAUGUGGACUUCCAGGACGCCAGUGACGACAGCAGUGGCUCAGGCAGCGGCGAAGGCUGCCCGGAUGACCUGUGCGGCCGGCGGGCCAGCAAGAAGAGCUCCAGCUCUCGGACGCCCUUGACUCACGCUCUACCCGGCCUGUCGGAACGGGAGGGGCACAAUGCCUCGGCCACCGGCUGCCCCCAGCCCUGCACUCUCCUCCUGCUCCUCCUCCUCACUUUGGUCCUCGCAGUGGCCAGGCCCCGGUGGCGGUAACUGCACCCCAGGGACUGAGGCCAAGGGCUGACUUUGCCAAAAUGAGAAACAGACAAUAUUUAAUUUCCCUUGGCCUAAAGAAGCUGGGGGCAGGCCCGGAGGAACAGUGGCUGUGUGUACUGGGGACAGGGCUGUGGGGCCAUGGUCCCCCAGGCCUGGCCUCGCCUGCCAGCCUGGCUUAGAGUUUUGUAUGAAGCCCUCAGGUCAGCUGGGAGCCAGUGUCCCCAAAAGCCAUGUCUUUCAGAGACCUCAGGGGCACCUCUGGCUGCCCGCCCCUCCCACAGCUCCCUGCACCACCGCAGAAGCGGCCCCGCCAGGGCCCGCAGGCUGCAGAGGAGGCGGCCUAGCAUUGUCCCGCUGGAGACACAGGAGCUUGUGCCUUUCUCCUGCUUCCUCUCACUGGGGACUCACCACCAGACCCCGCCUGCUUCAGGCGUCAGAAAGUGAGGCCUGCCCUGCAGCCCCCCAAGAAGCCCUGCAAGGGCCACGGGGGGUAUCUGCUCUUCCAGGUCUCGUGGGGCCUUUGAGACCAUGCAUGAUUCCUUCCAAUGCUGCGAGGGCUCCAAAGCCAGGCCCCCAGCCUCCCUGUGCCACCAAGGGCCCCGGCAUCGGGGUGAGAGCCUGCCCCGAGGUCAUCCUGAGAAGGCUCCAGGCAAAGGACCUUCUGCGAGGGGUCCCUGGAUGCAUAGACGAGGUGUGGCCAGCACAGUCACGCCACUGCAGCCUCUGCUCUGUGUCGUGCUUUUGUUUGAGGUGGGGUGCUGUCCCCAACACUCAGAACAGCAGCACGGGCCCUUUGCAGGUAUGGGCUGUCCCCUCGCACACAGGCUCACUGAGUUAGGCCGUGCUGGAGUCCAAGCCUGCAUGAGGACCUCGACUGCCAGGAGCAGCCUGGUUGCUCCUUGCCCCUGCCCCCAUCCCCGCCCAGACCCCUGGCUGACCCCUGGCCACGGGAUGCUGGGUGCUGGUGAAACUUCAGCUCAGGGCCAAUGAGACCUGGUACUGCAGCCCAAGGGGAUGCCUGGGUCCCCUCCUGACCCCGGCCAGCUGUGGUGGGCAGAGGACAGUUAAGGGCUUUUCUGAACAUGCAUACAUUUACAGACACUUCCUGUCCUUGUCUGCUGAGCUGCUGCCUCAGCUCUGCCAAAUAGCUUUGGAGAGACCUGGGGCCCACUGUGGACCCUGGCAACCUGUGGCCCUGGGAUCUGGGUGCACCCCACCCACUCAGGUCAGGGCCCUCCCUCCUAGGCCCAGGGAGGGCUGGUGUGCUAGCAGCAAGUGGCCCUGCGCAGGCAAGAAAGCCCUCGAGGGCCUGGGGCUGUGGGCCGCCGAGGCAGGGACCACGUCCUGACCUGUGCGGGCCUGAGAAGGCCGCUUAGUGCUUCUUCGCUUUUUGUCACUGGGCUGGGAGGCCCUUCACGGCAUGCUGGUCUCCGGCCACAGGUCAGGUCCCCUGGCUCAGCACAGGUGUUCUCUGGAAUUGGUCUUGGAUGUGUUGGGCCCAGGCACACCCACCCUUACCCUCCUGGUGCCGGGCAGGCUGGGGCUUCCUGCCCUCAGGUGAACCAGCCAGGCCUCAGCUCUGGGACAAGAGGGCGGCUCAUGGGUGGCCACUGGUCAGGGCAGUGGCCAGGCCUGCUGCGUCCUUCCUCCACAAGGUCCCCACCACUUGGUGUCAGCGGUGACGUGUGUUGUUUGAGUCCUUGUGUGAAUAAAAGGCUGGAGACCCAUAGCAGGACAA